UCGAGUCACUAACAUGGCCGUCAACAGGGAGUGAGUCCAAGGAUUUUGAGACGAAUAUUAGUUGAUUCUGCUUAAACACUCUUGAUGAUUGACGAUACAACUUGCGGGUCGUUGAUGUUACACCUCUAUAACAUCCCUUUGAAUGUAAGAAGAGAGAAGCCACACCCUCUCCUAUAUUACAGUUCCCUGGGCAUCGACUACAGCCCCGAGAACCGUCCCUCAGACUGGCAGUGCCUGCAGACGAGGCAUCUUGGAGCUGGGGGCCGGGCUGGUAUUGGGACAAGUGUGGACCGUAAUUACCAGCUCUGGGCUGCUCGACAGAGCAUGGUGAGAUACAGCGGUUGCCAUGGAGCUACAGGAUAAGAAACAGGAGGAGGAGGCGGCGACUCCACUGGGACUGUCCACAGCUCAAGCUCUGUGCACCCUACGGGACCAACUGUCCAAUUUACUGGGGCAACACCAGAAAUUCAGCCGGCGAAGAUACACGAUACAGGAGCUGUGGGCUAAGAGCUUCCUUCACCAUGACAACCGACAUUCAUGCUUCCAUUGGCCAGGAGCUGUUCUCACUCUGGUUGUGGUGGUUGGGCUGUUGUGUUGUCAUGGCAGCCAGCCGGAGGGCAGUCAAGGCAUAGAGCUGGUGAACGCAGGUGCGCUCUUCCUCCUGCUGCUGCUGAACCUCUUCCUCAUCAGGCGGCAGCAAAGGUUACGGACCAGUGAGAUGGUGCGCAGGCUCAAGUCCAUCAUCUCACAGCUGAACGAUUAUUUGGAGAGAAGUGCAGGACAUCCAAUCAGAUGGGCCCCCUCUCUGUACCCUGACCUCUACACUCCCACCUCCACUUCCUGGUCACUGCAUUGGACAUUCAGAGACGAGCAACUGGUCAAUCUACCUAUCAGUCUACUGGUGGAAGGUGAUGUCAUCGCUCUUAGACCAGGCCAGGAAGCAUUUGCAUCUCUCAGAGGCAUCAAGGACGACGAACACAUCGUGCUGGAGCCUGGAGACCUUUUUCCGCCAUUCUCCCCUCCUCCCUCCCCACGCGUGAAUGAGCGGAGGGGCCCCCACAGUCCUCAGCAGUACCGCCUCUUCAGGGUGGUGCGCACACCUAUACUCGACAGUGUCAGGUACAGUCUUGAUAUGGCUCUCUCCCGUCCAAUCACAGCCCUCGAUAACGAACGGUUCACUGUGCAGUCCAGUAUUGCUAAAUUCGCCUGUCCUGCUGUAUUGGUGGCCUUUUUCUCUAUUAACACGAUCCGGUUCUUCUGUGACACUCCUGGUCUCACCCCUGGACCCUUCAACUUCCUUCAAUUACAGAUGAUGGGUGUAUUGCCUAUUUUACCUCUUCUGUUUCCUGUCAUGUGGGUUCUGGUCAAUGCGUAUGGAGAGGCCCGUGUGUUAGCCGAGUCCAGCCGUAACUCUCCCACUGGCCUGCUUGCUAAGUUUUCUGAGGACACUCUAAGCAGCUACACGGAAGUGGUGUCCUCCCAGGAGAUGCUACGCUGUGUGUGGAGACACCUGGUCAGUGUGCUGAAAGGAGAGUCCCAGACCCUCUGUUAUACCUCCAGUCUGCUGCACUCGUUGGGUUCCGUCACUGUGCUAUGCUGUGUGGAUAAGCAGGGUAUUCUGUCCUGGCCCAACCCCAGUCCUGAGACCGUGCUGUUCUUCAGCGGACGAGUAGAGCCUCCUCAUGACAGCCAGGAUGACCUCAGAGACGACCUGUCGGUCAACUCCCUCUGCAGGACAGAGGGCGAGGAGGAACGAGAUGAGCCUCAGGAAGGUGAAGCACUGCUGUGUUUACCAGCAUUUGAGCCCUCCCUUCACAUGGCCGAGCAGGAACCCAGUGAGACGUCACAUGACACCGCCCGUUCCUCAGACACUCAACGCCAGCGACGAGGACCCCAAACCACCCGUUCCAAACACCCAUCGGGCUCCAACGUCAGUUUCAGAGAUGACACUGAGGGUGGAGAUGACAUUCCUCAGCCAUGCGGUGUGGGUGAUGAUCUGUGUGAAGCAGAAGAUUUUGUGUGUGACUAUCAUCUGGAGAUGCUGAGCCUGUCCCAGGAUCAGCAGAAUCCCGUCAGCAUCCUCUUUGAUGACUCCGGUUGGCACAAUCACCUGCCCUCUUUGAAGCCCCUUGGCCUGAACAUCCUGUUGAACCUGUGUAAUGUCACCGUCACCCAGCAGCUCUGCCGAUUCUCAGAUCACCUGUCCAACCUGGCACUGCAGGAAUGCCAUGGGGCGGUUCUCCCCGUUCACGUUCCCUGGGGCCUCUGCGAACUAUCUCGCCUUAUAGGUUUCACUCCGGGAGCGAGAGAGCUGUUUAAGCAUGAGAAUCAUCUGGCACUGUACCAGCUCCCUUCAGGAGAGAAGGCCAAAGAAUCUGCCCCUCGACGCCUCAAUCACUUCACUAAACGCCAGCCCCCCAUCAGUCACCUCAUCAGUCUGUUUGUUAGGGACAGCACUACCAAUAAUGUGCAGAUGCUCUCCCACGGCUCGGCCGACCUCAUCCUGGAAGCCUGCACGGAUUUCUGGGACGGCGCGGACAUUUAUCCGCUGUCUGGCACUGAUAGGAAAAAGGUUCUAGAUUUCUACCAACGUGCCUGUCUGUCAGGAUAUUGUUCUGCAUUUGCCUAUAAGCCUAUGCAGGUGGCAUUGUCUGAGCAGCUCAAUGGAAAGUGUGUGGAGCUGGCUCCAGGCCCUGCACUCUUUUCUGGGGUGGAGCUUCCCAGUACCACCCCCAUCAAACAUGGCAGCCGCAGGAACAGCUGGAGCUCUGAUGAGGGUAUUGGAGAAAGUUUGGAGAAGGAGGACUGUGUUCAAGCUCUGAGCGGCCAAAUCUUCAUGGGAAUGGUGUCAUCCCAGUUCCAGGCCCGUCUGGACACUGUACGGCUAAUUGAGAACCUGGUGGGAGCCUGUAUCCGCUUUGUGUACUUCUCCAUGGAGGAUGAGCUACGUAGCAAAGUGUUCGCUGAGAAGAUGGGAUUGGAGACGGGCUGGAACUGUCACAUCUCUCUGACUCCAAAUGGAGACGGUCACUGCGAUGGUGCUCCAUCCAGUCCUAGCCAAGCAGGAUCCUUACAUGAUGACCUUAUGCAGGAUUCUCGUGAUGAUGCAGAGGGCCCACUACUGCCUGAGGAUCAAUCCGAUCUUGCAAGCUUCCAGCCUACUGACAGUGAUGUGCCCAGUUUCUUAGAGGACUGCAACAGAGCCAAACUGCCUCGUGGCAUCCAUCAGGUUCGUCCUCAUUUGAAGAACAUCGACAAUGUGCCUCUACUAGUGCCCCUGUUCACAGACUGCACCCCUGAAACAAUGUGUGAAAUGAUGAAGAUCAUGCAGGAGAACAGAGAGGUGACGUGCUGUUUGGGGAGCUCCGCAAACUUCCGUAACAGCUGCCUUUUCCUGCAGAGCGACAUCAGUAUCUCCCUGGAUCCCCUGUACCCGUCCCGGUGCUCGUGGGAGACGUUUGGAUAUGCUGCAGGCUGCGGGCUGAAUAAAGACUGUGAUGAGCUGUCUCCACUGGGGCUCAGUGCUCAACUCAACAGCCUUGCCUGCUCUGUGUCCUUUCAUCAGGGCGAGAGUGUCAGCAUGGUCAAACUCAUUGAGCAGGCGAGACACACUACCUAUGGCAUUCGCAAGUGCUUCCUCUUCCUACUGCAGUGUCAACUGACACUGGUCAUCAUUCAGUUCCUGGCCUGCCUUAUUCAGCUGCCUCCUCCCAUGAACAUCACAGACAUACUGUGGCUUUCCUGCUUCUGUUACCCUCUGCUAAGCGUGUCAUUCCUGGGAAAACCUCCUGACAGUUCGGUGAUGACAGUCGCUACUGGAAAGAAUCUGGACUCCAUACCACGCAAGACCCAGCACUACUUCCUGGGCUGGUUCCUGUUGAAGUUUGGUCUGACGAUGUUGGCCUACUUAGUCGGCUUUGGGUUUUCUUUACAGGAAGUGUGUUCUAGAGCUGCUAACCUCACAAAAACUGAUAACAGCAACAUAACAUGCUCCCACAUUCUGACAUCCAGCUCCCAGGAUGCCCCGCAGUGGUUUGGUGAAUUGUCCAAUGGCCUGCUUCUCAUCCAGAAGAUCAUGGCAGGGUUUCUAGCUUUGCACACAGUGGUCAUCUCUCUGAGUUAUGUACACCGUUCACAACCCCUCUGGAGGAUGAACCCAUUCAGUAACACAUGGUGGUGUCUCACAGUGCCUGUGGUGUUGUUGGGACAGGUUGUGCAGGCUUUGAUAGACUAUCAAUUGUGGCAGGACAGGAGUGCAGAAGUGGUCUUCACUCUACAUCACAUUCCCCUGUUUGUCUGGCUGUUAGUCUCUCUGUCCAUCGUACUUGUGGUGCUAAUCAAUGAAGCAGUCAAACUGCAUGAAAUCAGGGUACGAGUGCGUUACCAGAAGAGACAGAAGCUUCAGUUUGAGACUAAGCUGGGAAUGAACUCUCCCUUCUGACCUGGUCUGUACAGGACGGCUUGGUCGUAUUUGUGGUGGAUAAGAUCACGGUUCCUUUGGAUACCCUUCAGCGGAGCUCUUCCUGCGACACCUCCAAUGGUCGGAAUGUUAUUUCUGCCAUGAACGCCACUGAGGGCUGCGUUUUUAAUCUGUGAGAUCCUUUAUUUUGACUACAGCCUACAAAAAUGUUGUUUGAGGGAUGUUCACCUGCAUGCUGCUUUGGUUUGGACAGGGUCAUUGUUUUUCAAUAAGGCCAUUCCUUUAUCCCCUCGAAUCCACAAAGUAAUGCAUGAUAUUGCAAAUGAAUACCAAAAUGUGCAAUUGAGGGCUAAAUUAGCAUGAUUUUUUUUUUAUUCGCUGUGAAAUGGAGAUUUUAUUGAUUUCUGUUUCAAACACGAGACAAUUGACCGCUCAUGCGAUGAGCUUUAGCUGUAGGUGCUCUGUGUUCGUAUUUUAGCCGUCACUCGUGCAGUUCAUUUACUAUGUCGUAAGAGCUUGUUAAAGUCUGUUUUAACAGGCUACAAUGUGAAUGUCAUCGCCUCAACUUACCUCAUAUUCAGAGGGAAAAGAUUUAAUUCUUUGUGAUCGUGAUACACAAGUGAGUUUUUUUUUAUGUGAAUAUAUCUGCCAGAGCAACUUAGCUGAGAAGCUUUGCUUCCAAAAUCAAGUGCAGCCAGUCAAUGUGAGACUGUGUGCAAAAUAUUUUUCUUGCUUACAUAAACUCAGUCAGGUUUGAAAUUUCUUUUACAGAUCCAAAUAAGAUGAAAUGCUUUUUUUAGUCUUCUAUUAAACUAUUUUUACUUUAAGUUCUUAAGUUUAAUUAAAACACAUAGGCUUUUAAUCAGGCAAAGCAAAAGCUUGAAAAAGCUGAAGGAAGAAUGUUCCAACUCGAAUUGUUUUCACUAUGUCUAAAGAGACAUUUUUAAUGUUUUUACAUACGUGAUUGUAAGCCAGAAUGCACUGAAUAUUUUGGGAUACAUUUGGAUGCCAGACGACUAAAUCUCUUUUUCAAGAUAAUUAUUUCUGAUGUUCUGUAAAGAAAAUAGCUAACUCUGGAUGGGGUCAGGCUCAUUUUAAUUUAAACAUUUACAUUUUUUGUUAUUAUUUUGUCCAGAGAAUUCUGUGUUUACUGGUAAAGAGGGAUAUUCAAUUUUUAUUGUGUUCUACCUCUAUCUUGAUUGCCUCUCUAUAAAUAAUUCUAGGCAACUUCAUGAAGUUGUAUUAUUCUAAUUGAUCCAGUUGGGCUGCAGCUAUGGAGUAUAAGGGGCUCACUUACAGUGUCACCAGAUGUACAUAUUUAAACGAUACAUGCAAAUGUAUUGUCUGACAGUGACCAGCUAAUCUCCAAAUUACCAGCAUUCAUUUUUUUCCAAUACUAGUGCAAUUCUCCAGCAUAUAAUAUUUACCAUAGACUCAUCAAAUGGAGAAUUUAAAUGGGUUGUUCAGCCAAAAAUGAAAACACUCAUCAUUUAUGCAUCUUCAUGUCUUUCCAAACUUGUUUGACUUUAAUUAUUCUCCCUAAUGUAGAAUGUCGACCCUUUUUUUAUCCAUACAUUGAAGGUCAGUGGUAUUCAAAACUGCUUUUAAAUACCAAUGACUUUUGUUGUAAGGAUGGGAAAAAAUUCAGAGACUUUUUAAUAUACUAAAUCACAGAAGAAAGAAAUCAUUCAUGUUUGAAAUCACAUGAUGGUGAAUAAUCACCAAAUUAAUUUUCAUAAAUUUUUUUAAUUGACUUGAAUUUGAAUUGUUAGGUGAACUGUCCCUUUAAGUUGCUGCUAAUCCUGUGUAAGUGGCAUAUUUAAAAUGACUGAUGUGUACAGGUAUCAUGGGACAUUUAGAACCUAAAGUCAAAACUCAGUUAGUAUUUUCUGUAGAAGCUGCCUUUCCUGGGAGCCACAGUCUAUCCCCUUUUCUACGUAAUGAACCGAAAGAUGUCUUAACUUAAUAUCCUUUUUGUUCCUGUGUUGCUGUUAAAUCACAGAUGCAUAUACUGUAACCUCUAAUCUACUGUUGUAUUUAUUUUAAAAUGAUUACAUAUGUCUGUACAUCUUAACAGCAAAUGAUUGCAACCUAACCGCCUUUUCCAUAACACAUCUAGAGAUUGUCAUAGACACUGAAUAUUCAUAAGAGUACGUAGUGCAUUUUUGCAAUGCUUGUUACAUGCUUUCUUGCUCAUUCACCAGGUCUAUUGAUGUGUUUAGAGGUUACAUAAUUAUUGCUGUGGUUUGAUGUUUACGCCACAAGGCUGCUCAGCACCACGACUGUGUAACUUAGAAACUACUUAAAUAAAAAAGAAGUCCAGAGGCUCUGAAUUGGUGCUGGUUUAGUGGUAUAACAAUAUGUACAAUUAAGAAUUUUUAAAAACAUAUCACCGUAGAAAGAAAUUUGUUUCAGGAAGCACUGAUCUGUUAUGUACAAACUGUUGUGGUAACAGGAAAAAAAAGUUUUGGGAUAUGAGUUUGUGAGCAGCGUUUUUGUACAGUUCACUUUUUUGUAAUUGUUUUUGAAAUGUUCUCUUUUCACUUAUUUCCUGAUGUAUGCAUGAUGAAGACCAUUAGAAUGCAAGGGUUUCUUGAUUUUUCUGCUGGAUAUUGAAUAUGUUGACUCUGUGAUGCAUGUAUUAAAAAUGUUGCUGAUGCUUUCCAUCAGUCAGAAAGGCUGUAAUAUUUAAGCCAGGAGUGUGAAUCAGAACCUCUCUUCAAAAUACAUGUUUGGGCUACAAACUACACCGAUUGACUCAACAUACAGAUAUAUUUGCUAUUUAUGAAUGUUCAUAAGAUUUAUAAAUGUUGUACAGUUUGUAUUUUUUUAAGAUGUCUUUAACAUUGAUUUCUUCCCUUCCCUGCAGAUUAUUUUUGAACCAAUGUUAUGCUAAUAAAUAUGUUCUUUCUUUUUAAAA